AUGGAUUCCGAUGCUGGUUCCACCUGCAGCCGCUCCUCAUCCCCAGACCUGAUUGUGGAUGACUCGGCUGGCAGCUUCUUCUCAAACAAGAUGUUUCAGACAUACUGCCAAGAAAACCGGUCAGACAGAGAGGCCGACCAAAGCGGGGGUGGUAAGGCCAAAACUAGAUCUCAGCUCAGCAAGGAAGAGGUGCAAGACCUGAGACUGAAAGUAAACAGUCGGGAGAGGAAGAGGAUGCAUGAUUUGAAUCAGGCCAUGGAUGGCUUGAGAGAGGUCAUGCCCUACGCUCACGGGCCAUCGGUCCGCAAGCUGUCAAAAAUCUCCACCUUGCUACUCGCCCGAAACUACAUUCUCAUGCUGUCCAGCUCUUUGGAGGAGAUGAAGAAGCUAGUUGGGGACGUGUACGGGGCCAAUGCUGCCGUCCAGAGUCGCACAGCCCACCCAAUCACCCCUGCUGCAUCACCUGCUCACCUCCCCCUGCAUCCUCUGGCGCAAUCCCUACACUCUCUGGUAGGAACCACCUCGCACCAUUCAUCCACUCCAGCUCCAACAGCAGUUGCAGCCCCACACUCGCCUCCGUCGACCAGCUUUCUUGGGUUUCACGCGCCAGUCCAUGGCCUUCUGAAGGACCCACUCCACCUGACCAGCUCCUACAGGCAUUUUCCUGGCAUGCCCUGCCCCUGCUCACUCUGCCAAACUUUACCCACACCGACCUCUUCAUUGCACAGCUUGGCAAUGAACAAGUAA